AAACCCUUCUUGUCCGUCAAGAUGAAGUGGCCCUUCAAAAUGCCUCAGAAAUAUCAACGCGUGGUGCUUCCUCAACACGGCCCUACUGCUACCAAAGAACAAAGGGCUAAGCGGGAGAAGUCACGCGAAUCAUCCUUAAUCGUCGAUUCGUGGUUCUGGGAGAUUUUUGCCGUGGCGUUCAGUGUAAUCUGCGCAGUGGCCAUUCUGGUUCUUCUUCUUGUAUACGACGGCAAAGCAUCACCCAGUCUACCACAUGAGCUGACACUGAAUACGAUCGUGUCUAUCCUAGCCACAGCAUCUAAAUCGUCGUUGAUCUUCCUAAUCAGCGCAUCGAUCAGCCAAUUGAAAUGGAUUUGGUUUCAAAAAGAAAAGAAACCAAUCUAUCACCUGCAGUCCAUCGAUGACGCCAGUCGUGGUCCGUUGGGCGCCUUGAAGAUUAUCUUCCAGCAUCGUGGAUACUCGUGGAUCUGCCUGGGGGCACUGGUUACUGUUCUUGCACUUGCAUUUGAUCCAUUUAUCCAACAGAUCAUCAGUUAUCCCGUUCGACAAGUGCCUAGCCCAACGGAUAUCGCAUCGACCAAACAGGCGAUAUUCCCAUUUACCCUGGAGACAAGAGACGCCAUGUACGAGCCCAGUGGAGCGUCGGAUACCGGGUUCAAUAAUGCGAUCAACACAGGCAUCUGGUCGGAGGAUUUUAACAUCAAUCCAACCUGUGCCUCUGGGAACUGUACAUUCGACCCAUUUCAGUCGACAGGAUGGUGCAGUCAAUGCGAGGAUAUGACCUCCCAAGCACGCCUUGUCGGAUGUUACGACAUUCGCUUGGAUAAUACCAGCACUGUCUCCAGUUAUACCUGGUGCAAUGUCACCCUCCCCCAAGGAUAUCCAUCAGGAAGCAAGAUCAACAUCCUCCCACAAAGGACCAAAGGGCAAUACUUGAUGGAACUCCCAACCGAAAUUGUGUGGACGGUCAGCGAUCCCAACGACAUCGGAUACACCUGGAACAAGACAUACUCGGGCAUCGCAGGUCCGUUGAUGGUGCUCGCUCAUGCCUCGUUCAACUUCACAUACGACAAAUUCGACGUUCCCGCAUCGCAUCCAGAGAAUGGCAUCCGAAUCGGCAAAGUGACACAGUGUGCUUUGUCCAUGUGUUCGCGUACUUAUAAUGUUGCCGUCCAGAACGGCAUUCCAUCCAUCAAUAUGUCAGAACCGGAUUAUGGGAAGUACUUCCCCCACGAAGUCAUGAAACUCGGGAACAGAUCCGUGAAUUUAUCAUGCUGGAAGCCAGGCCAUGGCCCUCCUGUCAAUGUAACGCAAGUAGGAGAAGCUAUAGGCAGCUGGGGUGUAUUCAAGAAUGCAAGUGAAUUCGCCAUCUGUCCGCUUGAUGGACCGCCAGCGAAAAUAAGGCAAGUAUUCGCGUCGACAUCGUUCGUGACACAUUCAUAUGGAUAUUCGACCGGAUGGGGAGGGUACGUUCCACCGACAUAUUCUGAUAAUCUGCGAAGGAUCGUGGACUCGGGAUUGGAAACGGUGGUUACGAAUGUUGCUGCGUCGUUGACCAAGCAUGCCCUCGAUUCGAGUAAUUCGACGAUCCAUGGCAUUGUGAAUGUCGCGCAGGUAUACGUGCAUGUGAAGUGGGCAUUUCUGGCACUUCCAGCUGCUGUGCUCAUAUUGGGGAUUCUGUUUUUGGUAAUAACUAUUCUGAUCAACAGAGGACAGAAGCUGGGGCUGUGGAAGUCAUCCAUUUUACCGGCUCUAUAUCAUGGUCUGGAUGACAGUUAUUUACAAGAUGAGCAUGCGUAUAUGUCGAUGGGAAGUAUGGAGAAGAGUGCUCAGUCUGCAAAGGCUAGACUUGAGUUUUCAGAGGAGAAGAAGAGGCUUGUUCUGAAACAGUGAUGAUGAUCGAGGCUUAAAUAACACAAUAUACAAAUAAAUACAUGAUAAUCACAACUUGGCCAACUCGCCAAUGGUAUAUCCAUUCGGUAACUUCAAUCCGACAGGCAAUCCGUUGAUAUACGGAGCAGUAAAUGGAAGCUUUCGUUU